AUGUCUGAAAUAGAGCAGCUAACUAAAUAAAAAUAAGAUAUUGAAGCCAGUUAAACAACUCUCAAAAUAUGGUGUUCUUUAAAAAAGAAUUUAUGCUCAAAAUUUAAGAAUCCCUCUGAAGCCUUCAAAGCAUUAAAAAAAGAAGGAAAAGAAAUAUUAUCUAUAGAAGAUUUUGCAGAUUAUUCAAAAGGAUUAGAUUUGUAUAUAAUAAAUUUAUUAUUUUAGGACAGUAGUAUUUAAAGAUACAACUCUAAAUGAGGAUAAUUUUAUAAAAUGUUGGGAACAAUGGGAAUACUAAGCAAAAUAAAAUGAACACAAAAUAUAAAUGAUUGAAGAGAAGAUUGAAUUAUUAAAUAUUUUGGAAUAAAAAGAUAAAGAUGGAAUCAAACAAUUAGAAGCAUAGAAAAAUAAAAAAAUAUUAAACAUAAUUCAAAAUUGUGAUAAUUUAGAAUAAUUAUAAGAAAAAUUAGAUACAUUAGUUUAAGGAAGUUAACAAUAAUAGAAAGAGAAAAUAGAUGUGAUUUAAAAUGAAUCUGAAUGUUUCAAUAAGAUUUUAUAAAAAAAGUCUGAAAUUAAAGCUCCAGAAUUAUAGAUUAGCAAAUUAUAAUAAAAAUAAAAUGCUGAAGGAUCAGAAGAUAGUCAAAUAUAAAAUAAGAAGAAAAAGAUUAGUUAUUUAGAUGGUUCCACAAAUACUUUAUAAAAAAGCAAAAUAAGUUUAAAUAUAUCUAGUUCUCAAUUGCAAACAAGUAGACUAUCAGCAGCUAAUCAAAAUAAACAAUCUUACAUAUAUGAAUCUCAAGUUUAAAUUUCUCCUACUAAAGGCUAAUAAUUAUUAAAGAAUCCACCAGUGACUUAAUAAUAAUAAUAAUAAAUAAGGAGUCCAAAUGAAGAGAGAGAAAAUGAAAGAAGAUCUCAUAAAUCAAAUAGAAUGAGAGGAGAUUUAUAAUCAUAUAUUUCAGAUCUAUUUUAAAAUGAGAGAGAAUAAUAAUAAUAAAGAAAAGAACCAAGAUAUGUGAAAGAUUAUGAUAGACCAUCAUAUUCGAGUGAUUAAAGAGGACUUUCUGGUUUUCCAAAUUUUAAAAAAUAUUUUAAAAAUUAAUAAUAGAAGAGAGAACCAUAGGAAUUGGAAUCAGAACCUUAAAAUAUAUCUAAAAGAGUGCAAAAUAUAAGGUAUUAAAAAUAUAUAAAUAAGAUAUAAAUUAGAUGAUUUUUAGAAUUCUAAAUUAACUCAAUAUAGAUCAAAACCUUAAACAUUUAAAGAUUGGAGUCCAGAAAGACCUAUUCGGCUAUCUUAAUAAAGCUCUAAACUAGGUAGUAGAAAAUCUAGUCCUUAAUACACUCCAGGAAAUACUCAUAGAUUAAAUCUUGAUAAAUUAAAAUAGGAGAAAUAGUAGAGUUAAGGGAGUGGUUCAUAAUAAUAAUCGGAUCCUAAACAAAAUGGAUCUGAAUCAGGUUUUUUGAGCUUAGAAUAAUUGAAUUAAACAUUAAAAGGAGAUCCACAGAUUAAUCCUUGAUAUAUUAUUGAAUAGAUGAUACAAG